AUGAGCCAUGCGCACAAAAGCUAUUUUAAGUUGAUACUUUCUGCUAUUAAUCAACGAAAUACAAUUAUUGAUUUAAAAUCCUAUCGUGAUAGUGGAUAUAUUUGUUGUGUGUUAACAGAAUAUAAUUAUUUGAAAAAAGUUGAAGAACAAUCAAGCGCAUCAUCGCCUCGUUUUUUAUCAUUCUGUAUGUUACCAGUCAACAUGAGUAGCCUUAUCGAAUUAUCUGAAUCUCGUUAUCUAGAAUUAAUAAAAGGUGAUGCCACACCGAAGCACGAACUACUGUAUUACAUCAAUAGAAAUGGCAAAAAGCCUGGAAUAGCAAUCAGCUUAAAUAAAGCAGAUAAACUAAUAAAUGAUUUAAAAAAGAAUGAAAUACCGUUAAAUAAGAUAGAUUUGAUUGUGUUCAAUGUUUGCACACGUCGACAGGCAGCGACGAAGAUGUUUACUUCUUCAAAUGGUGAAGAUGAAAUUCAAUCUUAUAAGAAAUUAAUGACACACAUAAACGACUUAAAGUUACCCGUCAAUCAAAAACCAAGAGUGAUACAGCGACAUUACCGCGAACGACAUUACCGCGAACGACAUUACCGCGAGACAAUACCGCGAACGACAAUACCGCGAACGACAUUACCGCGA